UCAUGCAAACGGGUGCGGGUGCUGAGGGGUCGGGCCAGCCUCUGGGCUCCCCAGGCUCGUGUCUAGAACACUUCCGCCAGGUCCCCUUCAUCGAGUGUCACGGCCGGGGAACCUGUAACUACUUCCCUGACUCCUACAGCUUCUGGCUGGCCUUGCUCGACCCCAACCACAUGUUCAGUAAGCCUGUGCCCCAGACGGUGAAGGGACGUCUUCUAGAGAAUGUCAUCAGUCGCUGCCGCGUAUGCAGGAAACCACGAAGCAAUGGUAGUGCAUUAUAACCCCACGUACAGCCUCAGGCAGUGCAAAAAAAUGAACCAUUACUUUGACGGAUGAGACUUUAACAAUGAUAAUAAUCAUAUUCUAAUGUAUUUAUAAUUGGGUGUUCUUUCAGACAAGUCCAGCUAGGCUCAAGAAAUCACUCAAAAUAUUUGGAACAUGUAAGAUACUAUUUGCAAACUGGUAUGGUUCCCAGUCCAAAAGACACGGCUGAAUUAUUCUGAAUCAAGACUGACAUGUUUAUUUAAGAUACCUUGGAAGUACUGUUAACAUCACCUUCUGGGUUGUAAUUAUAUUGAGCUCUUCAUGACUCUGCACUGAGGACCACACACAUGUGAUUUUAAUGUAACUAAGUGGUUUUAUAAAGUCUCAAGCACUGUACUGUAUAUAGCUAUGGUGUUUGGCUCUAUUAACAUGUAUAUUUGAUCAUGUGUCUCGGUUAUUCCCUUCAACAUAGGUGCUAUCUCACAAAAAAAACAACGUGAUUCUUUUUUUGUAUUUGAAAAAACAAAAAUAUUACAAUGGUUGGAUAAUUCCAAAUAAACAUUCACUCAGAGUUGCGUC